AUGCCGGCGAACUCUUUCCCUUGGCAGAUCUUCACAUAUUGGUCCGCCAGAUGCUGUCUCCUGGAUGGGUUCGCUCACGCUACUCGAUUUGGCGUCUCGUUUCUUUUGGAAAGCUUCCCUUCCGAGUGCCGCAAGUCAAUCAGUUAUCGCUUGCGUUCACAUGUCCGCAAGUUAAGAAAUGAAUGCAGUCUUUUACACGUUUACUUUUUGGCUGCCCUGUUCGCUCAGGCCAUGUGUGCUUUUUUGGUUUUGUUUGAGCUUGCACAUGCGAUACAAAUGUGUACAGUAUCCAAGGGUACAAUAAAAAUGAUCUGCCUGUUUGCUCGAAGCACAAUAUCGCAUCCAAAUGCUUUCACACAUCCAAUCCUUCCAUUAUGCGAGCAGAGAGGUGAUGGUGGUGUUUGCCUCUUCAACCUCCACAUGCCUACUUUCUUCGUCGAGAUAGCGACCGCGACUUACAAAGUCGUACAGGUCUUCGUCCGCCAAUUCCGCAGUUUCUCGAUCGAGUAUCUCAGUCAUAAGAUCGACCAACGUAGCACACCCCAUCAUCUCUGCAGCUUGCAGAACCUUGAUGGCCAUCAUCCCGUCCAUCGUCCCAAAUUUGGCCUUCCACUUCUCCACCUCUUGCCCGACCACUCCCAAUUCCAACACGUACGUCAUGAACUGGCAGUACUUCAGUACAUACAGCACCUCGGGUUCGCGCAGCAUCGGCAGACGCACGACGGCAAAUUCUUCGUCUAUUGA